AUGCGUGUAAAACACGAAGGAGAAGUGUCCGGUGACCAAUGGUGGGCCCAGAAGAAGGACCACAUAGCCCAGCUCCGGGUCCUGGCAACCUCCUUCCUCCUGCAGAGGGGAUGGUGGCAGCAACCGUGGUUCCGCAUUGUGGGCAGGCGGGGGUGGUGUGAGCGGACGGAGACCAUCCGCGUGGAAGAGGAAGUAGCCCCUCGUCGGGAGGACCUGGUGCCCUGUGCCAGCCUCUACCAUUACAGCCGCCUGGGCUGGCGGCUGGACCUGCCCGGGAGUGGCCGCAUGGGGCUCACUAGGUCCCCAGCACCCGGGCUCUGUCCCAUCUACAAACCCCCAGAAACCCGGCCUGCCACGUGGAACCGGACGGUGAGGGCUUGCUGCCCAGGCUGGGGGGGCACCCACUGCACCGAGGCCCUCGACGACGACAGCCCUGAAGGCCACUGCUUUGCCACAUGGCAGUGCCAGCCGGGGGCAGACUCAGUUAACGCUUCGGCAGGAAGCCUGGAAGACUGCUGUGCCCGGCCCUGGGGACGCAGCUGGUGGGACGGCAGCUCCCAGGCCUGCCUCAGCUGCUCCAACCCACACCUGCCAGUCAGCACCUCCUCUCCAGCCCUCCUGCAGCCCCUGGCAGGGGCUGUGGGCCAACUCUGGAGCCAGCACCAGCGUCCUUCUGCCACCUGCGUCACCUGGUCCGGCUUCCACUACCGCACCUUUGACGGACGCCACUACCACUUCCUGGGCCGCUGCACCUACCUGCUGGCGGGCACUGCUGAUUCCAGCUGGGCUGUCCACCUCGGGCCUGGGGACCACUGUCCCCAGCCUGGGCACUGUCAGCUUGUACGGGUGACAAUGGGACCCGAGGAGGUGCUGAUUCAGGGUGGAAAUGUCUCUGUGAAGGGGCAGCAGAUUCCUGAAGGGGAGCCGCGGCUGCUCCACGGGCUGAGCCUGCAGUGGCUGGGGGACUGGCUGGUGCUGUCAGGGGGUCUGGGGGUCGUGGUGCGGCUGGACAGGGCUGGUUCCAUCUCCGUCUCUGUGGACCAUGAGCUCUGGGGACAGACGCAAGGCCUCUGUGGGCUCUACAAUGGCCGGCCUGAGGAUGACUUUGUGGAGCCUGGCGGGGGGCUGGCCACGUUAGCUGCCACCUUUGGGAACUCCUGGAGGCUUCCUGACUCGGAGCCUGGGUGCCUGGAUGCAGUGGAGGUGGGCCAGGGCUGUGAGGGCCCCCUGGGAAACACAGAGGCGGGCAUGGAACCUGGCCAGCUGCGAGGUGAAGCCCAGGACGUGUGCCAUCAGCUGCUGGGCAGUCCAUUCCUGCAGUGCCAUGCCCAGGUUCCCCCUGCCGAGUACCACGAAGCCUGCCUCUUUGCCUACUGCAGGGGGGCCGUGGCAGGCAGCGGGCGAGAGGGGCGGCGGGAGGCCGUGUGUGCCACCUUUGCCAGCUACGCCCAGGCCUGUGCCAGGCGGCGCGUCCCCGUUAGCUGGAGGAAGCCUGACUUCUGCGAGCGCCCGUGUCCCGGGGGCCAGUUCUACUCCGACUGCGCCUCCCCCUGCCCGCCCAGCUGCCAGGCGGUGGGCCUGGGAGAGGAGGGGUCCUGCGGGGAGGAGUGUGUGAGCGGCUGUGAGUGCCCGCGAGGCCUCUUCUGGGACGGUGCCCUCUGUGUGCCUGCCGCCCGCUGCCCCUGCUACCACCGGCGCCAGCGCUAUGCCCCGGGCGACACCGUGCGCCAGCUGUGUAACCCGUGUGUAUGCCGGGAUGGCCACUGGCACUGCACACAGGCCCCGUGCCCGGCUGAGUGUGCGGUGGGGGGGGACGGACACUACGUCACCUUCGACGGGCGGAGCUUCUCCUUCCGCGGUGGCCAAGGGUGCCGCUACAGCCUGGUGCAGGACUAUGUGAAGGGGCGGCUGCUGAUCCAGCUGGAGCACGGGGCCUGCGACUCUGGGAGCUGCCUGCACGCCAUCUCUGUCUCCCUGGGGGACACCCACGUCCAGCUCAGGGACUCAGGAGCUGUGCUGGCCGACGGGCAGGACGUGAGCUUGCCCUGGAACGGCCCCGGGGGCCUCAGAGUCUCCCGAGCCUCCUCUGCCUUCCUGCUGCUGCGCUGGCCUGGGGCCCAGGUCCUCUGGGGAGUGUCGGACCCUGCUGCCUACAUCACCCUGGACCCCCGUCAUGCCCACCAGGUGCAGGGUCUGUGUGGCACCUUCACCUGGAACCAGCAGGAUGACUUCUUGACACCGGCUGGGGACGUGGAGACCAGCAUUGCUGCCUUUGCCAGCAAGUUCCAGGUGGCAGGCGAGGGAAGGUGCCCCGCGGGGGACAGCGCCCCGCUCUCCCCCUGCAGCACCCACUCCCAGCGCCACACUUUCGCAGAGGCAGCCUGUGCCGUCCUGCACGGCCCGGCCUUCCAGGAGUGCCACGGGCUAGUGGACAGGGAGCCGUUCCAGCUGCGCUGCUUGGCAGCCGUGUGUGGCUGUGCCCCUGGCAGGGACUGCCUGUGCCCGGUGCUCUCUGCCUAUGCACGCCACUGUGCCCAGGAGGGCGCCCCGCCUACUUGGAGGAACCAGACCCUCUGCCCUGUCCUGUGUCCUGGUGGCCAGGAGUACCAGGAGUGUGCCCCAGCGUGCGGUCGACACUGUGGGGAGCUGGAGGACUGUGGGGAGCUGGGCGGCUGUGUGGCUGGUUGUACCUGCCCCCCAGGGCUGCUGUGGGACCCCGAGGGCCAGUGUGUGCCCCCCAGCUUGUGCUUCUGCCAGCUCGGAGCCCGUCGCUAUGCCCCAGGCAGUGUCACCACGAAGGACUGCAACCGCUGUGUCUGUCAGGAAAGGGGCCUCUGGAAUUGCACGGCUCACCGCUGUGCCCCACGCCGGGCAUUCUGCCCCCGGGAGCUUGUCUACGCCCCUGGUGCCUGCCUCCUCACCUGUGACAGCCCCCAGGCCAACCACUCCUGCCCCACGGGCAGCGCUGAUGGCUGUGUCUGUCCGCCGGGCACGGUGCUGCUGGAUGAGCACUGUGUGCCUCCUGAUCUGUGUCCCUGCCGUCACAGUGGGCAGUGGUACCCACCCAACGCCACCAUCCAGGAAGACUGCAACAUCUGCGUGUGCCAGGGCCGGAAGUGGCACUGCACAGGCCAGCAGUGCAGUGGGUGGUGCCAGGUGUCAGGCGCCCCCCACUAUGUGACGUUUGAUGGACUGGCCUUCACCUUCCCCGGGGCCUGCGAGUAUCUGCUGGUGCGAGAGGCCAGCGGCCGGUUCACAGUCUCUGCCCAGAACCUGCCCUGCGGGGCCAGCGGUCUCACCUGCACCAAGGCGCUGGCCGUGCGUCUGGAGAGCACUGUUGUGCACAUGCUCAGAGGCCGGGCAGUGACAGUGAACGGGGUGAGUGUGACACCACCCAAGGUCUACACGGGUCCCGGGCUGAGCCUGCACCGUGCCGGCCUCUUCCUGCUGCUCACCACCCGCCUGGGCCUCACCCUGCUCUGGGACGGAGGCACGCGGGUCCUGGUGCAGCUGUCCCCCCAGUUCCGUGGCCGUGUGGCUGGGCUGUGUGGAGACUUUGAUGGAGACGCCAGUAACGACCUGCGGAGCCGCCAGGGAGUCCUGGAGCCCACGGCUGAGCUGGCUGCCCACUCCUGGCGCCUCAGUCCCCUCUGCCCCGAGCCAGGAGACCUGCCACACCCCUGCACUGUGAAUGCCCACCGGGCUGGCUGGGCACGGGCCCACUGUGGGGUGCUGCUGCAGCCACUCUUUGCCCCGUGCCAUGCGGAGGUGCCCCCGCAGCAGCACUACAAGCGGUGUGUGUAUGACACCUGCGGCUGCGAUUCAGGGGGCGACUGUGAGUGCCUCUGCUCAGCCAUUGCCACCUAUGCAGACGAGUGUGCCCGGCACGGGCACCAUGUGCGCUGGCGCAGCCAGGAGCUCUGCCCCCUGCAGUGUGAAGGGGGACAGGUGUAUGAGGCCUGUGGCCCCAUGUGUCCCCCCACCUGCCAUGACCACCGUCCCAAGCCCAGGUGGCACUGCCAGGCUGUGGCCUGCGUGGAGGGCUGCUUCUGCCCCGAGGGGACUCUGCUGCACGGAGGAGCCUGCGUGGAGCCGGCCGCCUGCCCCUGCGAGUGGGAGGGCAGCUUCUUCCCGCCGGGGGCCGUGCUGCAGAAGGACUGCGGGAACUGCACGUGCCGGGAAAGUCAGUGGCACUGUGGGGGUGACGGUGCCCGCUGCGAGGACCUGGUGCCCGGCUGUGCAGAGGGAGAGGCCCUGUGCCAGGGGAACAGACACUGUGUACCACUCUCGUGGCUUUGUGACAACCAGGAUGACUGUGGCGAUGGCUCAGACGAGGAGGGCUGUGCCGCCCCAGGCUGUGGGGAGGGGCAGGUGUCCUGCAGCUCUGGCCACUGCCUGGCGCCGGCCCUGCUCUGCGAUGGCAAGGACGACUGCGGAGAUGGCUCGGAUGAGCAGGGCUGCCCGUGCCCCCCGGGCUCGCUGGCCUGUGCCGACGGGAGCUGCCUGCCCCCGGCCCUGCUCUGCGAUGGGCACCCUGACUGUCCAGACGCCGCUGACGAGGAGUCCUGCCUGGAGCGGGUGAGCUGCAUCCCUGGGGAGGUGUCCUGCAUCGAGGGCACCUGCGUGGGAGCCAUCCAGCUGUGUGACGGAGUUUGGGACUGCCCAGACGGAGCUGACGAGGGGCCUGGACACUGCCCCCUCCCCUCUCUGCCCACACCACCUACUGGCACCUUGCCUGGCCGCUCCACUGGCUCCCUGGACACUACGCCAGGUCUCCUGGCUAGCCCCAGCCCGGCGCCGCCCUGCGGCCCCUUGGAGUUUGCGUGCGGCAGCGGCGAGUGCACCCCGCGGGGCUGGCGCUGCGACCAGGAGGAGGACUGCGCCGACGGCAGCGACGAGCGCGGCUGCGGCGGGCCCUGCGCGCCGCCCCGCGCGCCCUGCGCCAGCGGCCCGCACUGCGUGUCCCCCGGACAGCUGUGCGACGGCGUGCCCCAGUGCCCCGACGGCUCGGACGAGGGCCCCGACGCCUGCGAAGGGCUGCCAGCCCCAGGAGGCCCCAACAGGACAGGGGCUCCCUGCCCAGAAUACACCUGCCCCAAUGGCGUCUGCAUUGGCUUCCAGCUGGUGUGCAACGGGAAGCCUGACUGCGAAGGGCCGGGGGAGGCCGGGCCCUCCCCAGAAGAGCAGGGCUGUGGGGCCUGGGGCCCCUGGAGCCCGUGGGGGCUGUGCAGCCGCACCUGUGGGCCUGGGGUGCAGGCCCGGAGCCGCCGCUGCUCCCCACCUGGCCUCCUGGUGCUGCAGCACUGCCCGGGCCCCCAGCACCAGUCUCAGGCCUGCUUCAGCGUGGCCUGCCCAGUGGACGGAGAGUGGAGCUCCUGGUCUCCCUGGUCUCCGUGCUCCGAGCCAUGCAGGGGCACCAUGAUGCGGCAGAGGCAGUGCCAGCCACCCCAGAACGGGGGCCGGACCUGUGCCGCACUGCCCGGGGGCCCACACAGCUCCCGCCAGACCAAGCCCUGCCCUCAGGACGGCUGCCCCAACGCCACCUGCUCCGGGGGGCUGGUGUUCUGGCCCUGUGCCCCCUGCCCUCUGACCUGCGAUGACAUCUCUGGCCAGAUCACCUGCCCACCUGACCGGCCCUGUAGCAGCCCAGGCUGCUGGUGCCCAGAAGGGCAGGUGCUUGGCGUGGAGGGGAGGUGUGUGUGGCCCCGGCAGUGCCCCUGCCUGGUGGACGGUGCCCGCUACUGGCCUGGGCAGCACAUCAAGGCUGACUGCCAGCUCUGCACCUGCCAAGACGGGAGGCCCCGGCGCUGCCGGCCCAACCCAGACUGCGCUGUGGACUGUGGCUGGUCUUCCUGGGCCCCCUGGGCCGAGUGCCUGGGCCCCUGUGGGAGCCAGAGCAUCCAGUGGUCCUUCCGGAGCCCCAACAACCCCCAGCCCUCUGGCCGAGGUCGCCAGUGCCGUGGCAUCCACCGCAAGGCCCGCAGGUGCCUGACGGAGCCCUGUGAGGGCUGUGAGCACCAGGGCCGGGUCCACCGCAUCGGGGAGCGCUGGCGCGGGGGCCCCUGCAGGGUGUGCCAGUGUCUGCACAACCGCACCGCACACUGUUCCCCCUACUGCCCGCUGGGCCGCUGCCCCCAGGGUUGGGUCCUGGUGGAGGGAACAGGAGAAUCGUGUUGCCGCUGUGUCCUGCCUGGAGAGGACCAGACAGUCCACCCCAUGGCCACUCCCGCCCCAGCUCCAGCCCCCAGUUCCCAGGUCGGACCCCCUCUGGUCAGCUACAUUCUGCCUCCGCCGGGAGACCCCUGCUAUUCUCCUGUGGGGCUGGCCCGACUGCCACAGGGGAGCCUGCGAGCGUCGUCCCAGCAGCUGCAGCACCCCACCUGGGCUGCCCUCCCGGGGGCCCCCACCGAGGGGCCAGGCCCUCAGGGAUGGAGCCCUGGAGAGGGUGCUUACGCCGAGUGGCAGCCCUACCUGCAGCUGGACCUGCUGCAGCCCCAGAACCUCACCGGCAUCAUAGUGCAGGCGGCUGGUUCCUCCAACGCUUUUGUCACCAGCUUCUUGCUCCAGCUCAGCAGUGAUGGUCUACACUGGCAUGACUACCACGACAUCUUUCCUGGCAUCUUGUCCCUGCCCAAGCUUUUCCCUGACACCUGGGGUGACCCGGCCCCCGGGGUAUGGACAUUCCGCCGGAUGGUGCAGGCAAGGUACAUCAGAGUGUGGCCCCGAGAUGUCCACCACGGCGAGGGUGGCCGCAGCGUCUUCCUGCGGGUGGAGCUGCUGGGCUGUGAGCCAGUGCCCCCGUCCGUGCCUCCGUGCCCCGGGGCCGGGCACCGCUGUGCCAGUGGUGAGUGUGCCCUGAGAGGGGGCCCGUGCGACGGCGCUGCAGACUGCAGGGACGGCUCAGAUGAGGAGGGCUGCGUGCCCAGAGUCCAUUCCACAGCCUGGACCCCGGUCUUCUCCUCCACCCAGCCCAGGGAGGCUCUGGCGGGGACUGAACACGGGCACCCCGUGCAGGAGUCACCCGCGCCCCCCACAGGUAUGUGCACAAGCUCCAGGCCCCUCCCCAAAGCCCCAUCCCCACCUGCCCUUCCAGAGCAAGGGGCAGUUGCAUCUCAGAGGUUCCCAUCCCCUGGUUCGAGGGCCGCAGGGAAUCCGUGCAGACAGUACCCGCCACCCCCCACACCCCAGACGGAGGCUGGGACCCCGCAGCCAGGGAUGGCCGCCGUGACCGUGCUCCUCCCGCACCCAGCGACUCCGGUGACCCCUGCUGGCCACAGUGUUGCCCCGAGGCCCUUCCCACCGGUGCAGUGCAGCCCUGGCCAGGUGCCCUGCCAGGUGCUGGGCUGCGUGGAGCAGGCGCAGCUGUGUGACGGCAGGGAGGACUGUCUCGACAGCUCUGACGAGAGGCGCUGUGCGAGCUCUGUGCCCUUUGUGGUGCCCACCACAGCCCUGCCGGGGUUGCCGGCCUCCAGGGCCCUCUGCUCUCGGAGCCAGCUGAGCUGCGGCAGUGGCGAGUGCCUGCCCGCUGAGCGGCACUGCGACCUGCGGCCCGACUGCCAGGACGGCUCAGAUGAGGACGGCUGUGUGGACUGUGUGCUGGCGGCCUGGGCUGGCUGGAGCAGCUGCAGCCGCAGCUGUGGCCUGGGCCUUGCCUUCCAGCGCCGAGAGCUUCUGCGGCCUCCCCUCCCUGGGGGCAGCUGCCCCCGCGACCGGCUGCGCAGCCAGUCCUGCUUCGUGCGGGCCUGUCCAGUGGCUGGGGCGUGGGCCACGUGGGAGGCCUGGGGACCCUGCAGCGUCUCCUGUGGGGGUGGCCAUCAGAGUCGCCGGAGGAGAUGUGUGGACCCUCCACCCAAGAACGGCGGUGCCCCCUGCCCUGGGGCCUCCCAAGAGAGGGCACCCUGUGGCUUGCAGCCCUGCACAGGUGGCACAGACUGCGGGCUGGGCCUUGUGCAUGUGAGUGCCGAUCUGUGCCAGAAAGGGCUGGUGCCCCCGUGCCCACCCUCCUGCUUGGAUCCCGAGGCCCACAGAAGCUGCAGUGGGCGCUGCGUGGAGGGAUGCCGCUGUCCCCCGGGGCUCCUCCUCCAUGACACUCGCUGCCUGCCCCUCUCUGAGUGUCCCUGCCUCGUGGGCGAAGAGCUGAAGCAGCCAGGGGUGUCCUUCCUCCUGGACAACUGCAGCCGAUGCAUGUGUGAGAAGGGGGUGCUGCUGUGCCAACCAGGAGGCUGCCCCCUGCCCUGCGGCUGGUCAGCCUGGUCCCCCUGGGCCCCCUGUGACCGCUCCUGUGGCUCUGGAGUGAGGGCCAGGUUCAGGUCUCCCUCCAACCCUCCGGCAGCUUCUGGGGGUGCCCCAUGUGAAGGCGACCGGCAGGAGGUGCAGGCCUGCUACACGGAGUGUGGGACAGAGGCGCUGGGCUGGACGCCCUGGACGUCCUGGUCCUCUUGCUCCCGGAGCUGCCUUGCCCCUGGUGGGGGCCCCGGCUGGCGCAGUCGCUCCCGGCUCUGCCCCAGCCCCGGAGACACAUCCUGCCCAGGAGAGGCCACCCAGGAGGAGCCCUGCAGCCCCCCUGUGUGCCCAGAGCCCAGCGUCUGGAGUCUGUGGACUGCCUGGUCCCCCUGCUCGGCCCCCUGUGACGGAGGCAUCCAGACCCGUGGGCGCAGCUGCUCUGGCUCGGCUCCCGGGGACCCCGCCUGCCAGGGGCCCCACGGUCAGACCAGGGACUGCAACACGCAGCCUUGCGCAGCCCAGUGCCCAGGGAACAUGGUGUUCCGCUCAGCAGAUCAGUGUCGCCGGGAGGGGGGCCCGUGCCCUCGGCUGUGCCUGGCGCAGGACCCUGGGGUGGAAUGCACAGGCUUCUGCGUCCCUGGCUGCGCCUGCCCGCCUGGCCUCUUCCUGCACAACGCUAGCUGCCUGCCCCGCAACCAGUGCCCCUGCCAGCUGCACGGGCAGCUCUACGCGCCAGGAGCAGUGGCCCUCCCGGACUCCUGCAACAACUGCACCUGUAUCUCUGGUGAGAUGGUGUGCACCUCGGAGCUCUGCCCAGUGGCCUGUGGCUGGAGUCCUUGGACCCCCUGGAGUCUCUGCAGCCGCAGCUGCAACGUGGGCAUUCGGAGGCGCUUCCGGGCAGGCACUGCGCCCCCAGCUGCCUUUGGGGGUGCUGAGUGCCAGGGCCCCAACAUGGAGGCUGAAUUCUGCAGCCUGCGGCCAUGUCGAGGUCCCAGUGGGGAGUGGGGCCCUUGGUCUCCGUGCUCUGUGCCCUGUGGCGGUGGCUACAGGAACCGCAGCCGAGGCAGUGGCCUGCCUGGCCCCAUGGAGUUCUCCACCUGCGGCCUGCAGCCCUGUGCAGGGCCAGUGCCCGGCGUGUGUCCCAGGGGCAAGCUGUGGCUGGACUGUGCUCGGGGCCCUGCCUCCUGUGCAGAGCUCAGCGCCCCAAGAGGGACUAACCAGACCUGCCACCCUGGCUGCUACUGCCCACCUGGGAUGCUUCUGCUGAACAACGUGUGUGUGCCCGCCCAGGACUGCCCCUGUGCCCACGGGGGGCGCCUCCAUGCCCCGGGCAGUGCUGUGCUCCGUCCAUGUGAGAACUGCUCCUGCGUCUCUGGGCUCAUCACCAACUGCAGCUCCUGGCCGUGUGAGGAGGGUCAGCCCAUGUGGUCACCCUGGACCCCCUGGAGCGAAUGCUCUGCCUCCUGUGGCCCUGCCCGACGCCACCGGCACCGCUUCUGUGCCAGGCCACCCAGCGCUGCGCCAUCCAGCAUGGCUCCGCGGCCCCCGCCAGCCACACCCGUGCCUCCCUGCCCAGGCCCUGAGGCCGAGGAGGAGCCGUGCCUCCUGCCAGAAUGUGACCGAGCUGGGGGCUGGGGUCCGUGGGGGCCCUGGUCCCGCUGUAGCCGGAGCUGUGGGGGAGGCCUGAGGAGCCGGAGCAGAGCCUGUGACCAGCCCCCACCCCAGGGCCUGGGGGAUUACUGCGAGGGGCCUCAAGCCCAGGGGAAGGCCUGCCAGGCGCUGCCGUGCCCAGUGACCAACUGCACCGCCAUUGAAGGGGCCGAGUACAGCCCCUGUGGCCCUCCCUGUCCUCGCUCUUGUGAUGACCUAGUGCACUGCGUGUGGCGCUGCCAGCCCGGCUGCUACUGCCCGCCAGGCCAGGUGCUGAGUGCCGACGGGGCCGUCUGUGUGCAGCCGGGUCACUGCAGCUGCCUGGACCUGCUGACCGGACAGAGGCACCGUCCGGGUGCUCAGCUAGCCAGGCCCGACGGCUGCAACCACUGCACCUGCCUGGAGGGGAGGCUGAACUGCACAGAACUGCCCUGCCCAGUGUCUGGCGCCUGGUGCCCAUGGUCGGAGUGGACCGAGUGCUCCCAGCCCUGCAGGGGCCAGACGAGGACCCGAUCCAGGGCCUGCACCUGCCCUGCUCCUCAGCACGGGGGUGCCCGGUGCCCCGGGGAGGCCGGGGAGGCAGGGGCCCAGCGUGAGAAAGAGGCCUGCCCCAGCCCCACCACCUGCCCAGUGGACGGAGCCUGGAGCCCCUGGGGACCGUGGUCUCCCUGUGACGCAUGCCUGGGGCAGUCACAACGGAGCCGGGAGUGCAGCCAGCCCCCCACCCCUGAGGGAGGGAGGCCUUGCCCUGGGGCCCACACACAGAGUCGCCCUUGUCAGGACAAUUCCACGCGAUGCACAGACUGCGGGGGUGGCCAGAGCCUGCUCCCCUGUGGGCAGCCCUGUCCCCGCUCCUGCCAGGACCUGUCCCCCGGGAGUGUGUGCCAGCCAGGCCCGACCGGCUGUCAGCCCAGCUGUGGGUGUCCCCCCGGCCAGCUGUCCCAGGACGGGCUCUGUGUGCCCCCCGCCCGCUGCCGCUGCCAGUAUCAGCCUGGAGCCAGGGGGAUCCCCGAGAACCAGAGCCGGUUGGCAGGGUCUGGACUCAGCUCCUGGGAGAGCCUGGAACCAGGAGAGGUGGUGACUGGGCCGUGUGACAACUGCACCUGUGUGGCAGGCACGCUGCAAUGCCAGGAGGUGCCCAGCUGUCCCGGCCCUGGGAUGUGGGGGUCAUGGGGCCCCUGGGAGGACUGCAGCGUUUCGUGUGGGGGAGGGGAGCAGCUGCGCCCAAGGCGCUGUGCGCGGCCCCCCUGCCCGGGGCCUGCCCGCCAGAGCCGCGUGUGCAACACCCAGGUCUGCAGAGAGGCAGGCUGCCCGGCCGGCCGCCUGUACCGCGAGUGCCAGCCUGGCGAGGGCUGCCCCUUCUCCUGCGCCCACGUCACACGGCAGGUGGACUGCUUCUCCGAUGGCUGCGAGGAGGGCUGCCACUGCCCCGAGGGCACCUUCCAGCACCGCCUGGCCUGUGUCCAGGAGUGCCCCUGCGCGCUGACAGCCUCGCUGCUGCGGGAGCUGGGAGCCGCCGCCAGCCACCCUGGGGUGCAGCACCCCUUUCUGGCAGACGGGGGUCAGCCCCUUGGGCCUGGAGAUGAGCUGGGCUCAGGCCAGACACUUCGUACAGGCUGCAGCAACUGCUCCUGUGCGCACGGGAAGCUGUCCUGCUCCCUGGAGGACUGCUCCAGGGCCCACGGCGGUUUCAGUCCCUGGGGCCCGUGGGGCCCGUGCUCUCGCUCCUGUGGCGGGCUGGGCACCCGCACCCGCAGCCGCCAGUGUGCCUUCCCCGUGUCCACUCCCGGUGGCCAGGGCUGCCAUGGGCCCCGCCAGGACCUCGAGUACUGCCCCAGCCCAGACUGCCCUGGAGCUGAAGGGUCCACCGUGGAGCCAGUGACAGGCCUUCCAGGCGGCUGGGGCCCCUGGUCCCCGUGGUCCCCCUGCUCCCGAAGCUGCACAGACCCUGCUCACCCUGCUUGGCGCAGCCGCACCCGCCUCUGCCUGGCCAACUGCACCGUGGGGACCUCCUUGCAGGAGCGCCCCUGCAACCUGCCCUUGUGCACAGGGGUGCCCCUGUGCCCCGGCCCUGGCUGUGGGGCCGGGAACUGUUCCUGGACCUCCUGGGCCCCGUGGGAACCUUGCUCCCGCAGCUGCGGGGUGGGCCAGCAGCGCCGCCUGCGGGCGUACCGCCCCCCUGGGCCUGGCGGGCACUGGUGCCCCAACAUCCUUACUGCCUACCAGGAGCGCCGCUUCUGCAACCUGCGUGCCUGCCCAGUGCCCGGGGGCUGGUCGCGCUGGAGCCCCUGGUCCUGGUGUGACCGGAGCUGUGGGGGGGGCCAGUCCCUGAGGAGCCGCAGAUGCUCGAGCCCCCCACCCAAGAACGGGGGUGCCCCCUGUGUUGGGGAGAGGCACCACGUCCGGCUCUGCAAUCCCACGCCCUGUGAGGCAGGCUGCCCAGCAGGCAUGGAGGUGGUCGCCUGUGCCAACCGCUGUCCCCGCCGCUGCUCAGACCUCCAGGAGGGAAUCGUGUGUCAGGACCAGGCCUGCCAGCGGGGCUGCCGCUGCUCUGAGGGAUCCCUGGAGCAGGAUGGUGGCUGCGUGCCGAUUGGGCACUGCGAAUGCACAGAUGCCCAGGGUCGCAGCUGGGCCCCAGGAAGCCAGCACCAGGACGCCUGCAACAACUGCUCGUGCCAGGCCGGGCAGCUCUCCUGCACGGCUCAGCCCUGCCCACCUCCUGCCCACUGUGCCUGGAGCCGCUGGUCAGCUUGGAGUCCCUGCAGCCACUCGUGUGGUCCCGGAGGGCAGCAGAGCCGCUUCCGGUCCUCCACGUCAGGCUCCUGGGCCACGGAGUGCCGGGAGGAGCAGUCCCAGAGCCGGCCCUGCCCUCAGCCCCCGUGCCCGCCCCUGUGCCUGCAGGGCGCUCGCCCCCAUGCCCUGGGGGACAGCUGGCUGCAGGGCAAGUGCGGGCAGUGCUCCUGCACCCCGGAGGGCGUGAUCUGCGAGGACACGGCCGAGUGCACAGUGCCUGGGGCCUGGACGCUGUGGUCCCCCUGGUCCGACUGCCCUGUCUCCUGUGGAGGUGGGAACCGGGUCCGCACCCGGGCCUGUGUGGCCCCGACCGCUGGCUAUGUGGCCCCAGCCUGCCCGGGCCCCGACACCCAGACCCAGCGCUGUGGGCAGCGGCCUUGCCUGCGGCUGCUGGAGGCCUGCUCCUGGGGCCCGUGGGGGCCCUGCUCCCGCAGCUGCGGCCCGGGCCUGGCCUCUCGCCCUGGGUCCUGCCCCUGCCUGCCGGCCGAGGCGGACCCCACCUGCAACGGCACCUUUCUCCACCUGGACACCCGGGCCUGCUACCCAGGGCCCUGCCUGGAGGAGUGUGUGUGGAGCAGCUGGAGCAGCUGGACGCGCUGCUCUUGCCAGGUGCCGGUGCAGCAGCGCUACCGACACCAGGGCCCAGUGCCCGGCGGGGCCGGGGCAGGCGCCCCCUGCACACGGCUGGACGGCCACUUCCGGCCUUGCCUCACCGGGAACUGCUCUGAGGACAGCUGCACGCCUCCCUUUGAGUUCCAGGCCUGUGGCUCCCCCUGUGCCGGGCUCUGUGCCACACACCUGAGCCGUGAGCUCUGCCAGGACCUGCCACCCUGCCAGCCCGGCUGCUACUGCCCUGAGGGGCUGCUGGAGCAGGGUGGGGGCUGCAUUCCCCCAGAGCAGUGUAACUGCUGGCACACCUCGGGAGAGGGAGCCAGGGUGACCCUGAGCCCCGGGGAACGCCUGCAGCUGGGCUGUAAGGAGUGUGAAUGCCGGCACGGGGAGCUGCAGUGCACCAGCCAGGGCUGUCAAGGUCUUCUGCCUCUGAGCGGCUGGUCCGAGUGGUCGCCCUGCGGGCCCUGCCUGCCCCCCAGCGCCCUGGCCCCUGCCUCCAGGACUGCCCUAGAGGGGCGCUGGCCCUGGGGCCCAGCCAGCCUCUCCCCCACCUCGGCGCCCCUGCUGGCUUCAGAGCAGCACCGCCACCGCCUCUGCCUGGACCCUGAGACAGGGAGGCCCUGGGCCGGGGACCCCCAACUCUGCACUGCACCCCUCAGCCAGCAGCGCCUCUGCCCGGACCCUGCAGCCUGCCCUGAUGCGUGCCAGUGGAGUCCUUGGGGGCCCUGGAGCCCCUGCCAGGUGCCCUGCAGUGGGGGGUACCGGCUGCGCUGGAGAGAGGCAGGGGGCCCCCCUGGAGGAGGCUGCCGGGGGCCGUGGGCUCAGACCGAGAGCUGCAACACGGGGUCCUGCCCAGGGGAGACCUGCGAGGCCCGGGACACUGUGCCCACCCUUGACUGUGCCAACCAGUGCCCUCGCAGCUGUGCCGACCUCUGGGACCGUGUUGAGUGUCUGCAGGGACCCUGCCGCCCAGGGUGCCGCUGUCCCCCUGGCCAGCUGGUGCAGGAUGGGCGCUGCGUGCCCAUCUCCUCUUGCCGCUGUGGCCUCCCCAGUGCCAAUGCCUCGUGGGAGCUGGCCCCCACACAGGUGGUGCUGCUGGACUGCAAAAGCUGCACCUGUGUCAAUGGGUCCCUGGUGUGCCCACACCAAGAGUGUCCAGUCCUUGGGCCUUGGUCAGCGUGGAGCAGUUGCUCAGCUACCUGUGGUGGGGGCACCACGGAGCGACAUCGGAGCUGCAAGGGAGGUCCUGGGGGGGCACCAUGCCAGGCCCAGGACACAGAGCAGCAGCAGGAGUGUAACCUUCAGCCCUGCCCUGAGUGCCCCCCUGGCCAGGUGCUUAGUGCCUGUCCCACCUUGUGUCCGCGCCUCUGCUUGCAUCUGCAGCCUGGCGCCGUCUGUGCACAGGAACCCUGCCAGCCUGGCUGCGGCUGCCCUGAAGGGCAGCUGCUGCACAAUGGCACAUGCGUGCCCCCCGCCGCCUGCCCCUGCACCCAGCACUCUCUGCCCUGGGCCCUCACACUGAGCCUGGGAGAGCUGGCCGGAGAACUGCCCCCAGGGACGGUGCUCACCCAGAACUGCACCCGCUGUGUCUGCCAAAGUGGAGCCUUCAACUGCUCCCUCGAGGACUGUCAGGAGUGCCCCCCUGGGGAAAUGUGGCAGGAGGUGGCCCCCUGGGAGCUGGGGCCCUGCGAGCAGACGUGCCGGGAGAUGAACACCACAGAGACUCGGAGCAACUGCAGUGCCACUCAGGCCUCGGGCUGCGUGUGCCAGCCUGGGCACUUCCGCAGCCAGGCAGGCCCCUGUGUCCCCGCAGACCACUGUGAAUGCUGGCACCUCGGGCGUCCCCACCUGCCCGGAUCCGAAUGGCAGGAGGCCUGUGGGAGCUGCCGCUGCCUCGGUGGGAGGUCUGUCUGCAGCCAGCACUGCCCCCUCCUCACCUGUGCUCAGGGCGAGGUGAUGGUGCAGGAGCCAGGGAGCUGUUGUCCCACUUGCCACCGGGAGGCUCCAGAGGAGCAGUCAGCCUCCUGCCGGCACCUCACCGAGCUGCGCAACCUCACCAAGGGCCCCUGCUCCCUGGACCAGGUAGCAGUGAGCUACUGCAGUGGGCACUGCCCAUCCAGCACCAACGUCAUGCCAGAGGAGCCGUACCUUCAGAGCCAGUGUGACUGCUGCAGCUACCGCCUGGACCCCGACAACCCGGUGCGGGUCCUGAACCUGCGCUGUCCCGGUGGCCACACGGAGCCGGUGGUGCUUCCCGUCAUCCACAGCUGCCAGUGCAGCGCCUGCCAGGGAGGUGAUUUCUCAAAGCGCUGACAGACUGCUGGAAGCUUCCACUGCUGUCCCUCUUGUGACCGUUGUGCUCAGCGACACUGACCACCUCCCCACAUGCUCACCCCCCCACCCCUGACUGGGGGUCCAGGCCCUGGCAUUCGCAUGUCCCGA